CUCACCCCCCUCCCCUUUCCCUCGCAUCCUUGGAAGCAACAAUUAAGCAGCUCUGGGAUAAAACACACAGCCCGCGGGAGCACGGGGGCAUUGCUUCAAGAGAUGGCAAGGCAGGCAGCUGCACCCCUCCUCCCCGGAGUCCUCCUCCUCCUCUCCAUCCUCCCGGCUACUCAGCAAGGAGGGGUUCCUGGUGCUAUCCCAGGAGGGGGAGUCCCAGGAGGAGGCUUUUUCCCAGGUGCUGGAAUUGGAGGUUUGGGAGCAGGACUCGGGGCUGCAGGAAAACCUCCCAAACCAGGGGUCGGAGGACUUGGGGGACUUGGCCCCCUUGGCCUGCAGCCAGGUGCUGCGGGACUGUUCCCCGGAGCUGCCUUCCCCGGGGGCGCGUUCCCGGGAGCCGCCUCGGCCGCGGCGCUCAAGGCUGCUGCAAAAGCUGGUGCUGGCAUUGGAGGCGUGGGUGGAAUUGGUGGUCCUGGUGGCCUCGGGGUCUCCACAGGUGCCGUGGUACCGGGCGCGGUGCAGCCCGGCCUGGGCGCGGCAGGGAAACCCCCUAAAAUACCAGGUGCUGGGAUUCCUGGAGCUUUCCCGGGCGGCGUGCUCCCCGGUGCAGGUGUUCGCUUCCCUGGUGUGGGGGUGCUGCCUGGAGUCCCCACUGGAGCUGGAGUCAAGCCUAAAGCCCCAGGAGUUGGAGCCUUUGGAGGAAUCCCUGGACUGGGAGGUUUUGGAGGUCAGCAGCCCGGUGUCCCUCUGGGGUAUCCCAUCAAAGCUCCUAAGCUCCCAGGUGGCUAUGGACUGCCCUACACCAAUGGCCUCCGGCCCGGCGGGAUAGGAGCCGGCCUCCUGGCAGGAAAGGCAGGAUACCCCACCGGGACAGGGGUCGGCGCACAGGCGGCAGCAGCGAAGGCAGCAGCGAAACUCGCAGGAGCCGGUGUCUUGCCCGGCGUUGGCGGCAUCCCGGGAGUCGCGCCCGGUGUCGGUGUGGGCGGUAUCCCAGGAGUUGGAGUCGGAGGACCGGCAGCGGCGGCGGCAGCGGCGAAGGCAGCGGCAAAGGCAGGAGCUUUUGGUCCAGGGGCAGUGCCCGGAGUCGGAGGUGUCCCUGGCCUGGUACCUGGUGUUGGAGGUGUCCCCGGGGCGGUGCCCGGCGUCGGAGCUGUCCCCGGGGUGGCAGGGGUGCCGUCGGCAGCAGCAGCAGCAGCAAAGGCAGCUAAGUACGGCGCCGGCGUUCCCGGUGUCGGUGUGGGCGGCGUCCCCGGCCUGGUGCCCGGAGUCGGAGGUGUCCCUGGCCUGGUACCUGGUGUUGGAGGUGUCCCCGGGGCGGUGCCCGGCGUCGGAGCUGUCCCCGGGGUGGCAGGGGUGCCGUCGGCGGCAGCAGCAGCAAAGGCAGCUAAGUACGGCGCCGGCAUUCCCGGUGUCGGUGUGGGCGGCGUCCCCGGCCUGGUGCCCGGAGUCGGAGGUGUCCCUGGCCUGGUACCUGGUGUUGGAGGUGUCCCCGGGGCGGUGCCCGGCGUCGGAGCUGUCCCUGGGGUGGCAGGGGUGCCGUCGGCAGCAGCAGCAGCAAAGGCAGCUAAGUACGGCGCCGGCGUUCCCGGUGUCGGUGUGGGCGGCGUCCCCGGCCUGGUGCCCGGAGUCGGAGGUGUCCCUGGCCUGGUACCUGGUGUUGGAGGUGUCCCCGGGGCGGUGCCCGGCGUCGGAGCUGUCCCCGGGGUGGCAGGGGUGCCGUCGGCAGCAGCAGCAGCAAAGGCAGCUAAGUACGGCGCCGGCGUUCCCGGUGUCGGUGUGGGCGGCGUCCCUGGCCUGGUGCCCGGAGUCGGAGGUGUCCCUGGCCUGGUACCUGGUGUUGGAGGUGUCCCCGGGGCGGUGCCCGGCGUCGGAGCUGUCCCCGGGGUGGCAGGGGUGCCAUCGGCAGCAGCAGCAGCAAAGGCAGCUAAGUACGGAGCUGGCGUUCCUGGCAUCGCUGGCGUUCCUGGUGUUCCUGGUGUUCCUGGAGUUCCCGGUGUCCCUGGUGUCCCAGGUGUUCCCGGCGUGCCUGGGGUUCCUGGAGCUGUGCCCGGUGUUGGAGUGGGUGGCCCAGCAGCAGCGGCCGCAGCCAAGGCUGCGGCGAAAGCAGCAGCAAUCGGUGCAGGACGCGUGCCCGGCGUUGGCGUGCCCGGCGUUGGCGUGCCCGGCGUUGGCGUGCCCGGAGUGGGUGUGCCUGGAGUGGGUGUGCCUGGUGUUGGCGUGCCUGGUCUGGUGCCCGGGGUCGGCGUUCCAGGAGGUCCGGCAGCCGCUGCCAAAGCAGCCGCCAAAGCAGCCAAGUACGGAGCAGGUGGCCUGGCUCCCGGUGUGGGUGGCCUGGUUCCUGGAGUAGGUGGCUUGGUUCCUGGAGUAGGUGGCCUGGUUCCUGGAGUAGGUGGCCUGGUUCCUGGUGUUGGAGGUGUCCCAGGUGUUGGAGGUCCAGCAGGAGCAGCCAAGGCAGCGGCCAAGGCAGCCAAAUUUGGUGCCGGGGUUGGAGGGGUGCCAGGUGUGGUGCCUGGCGUGGGCGGAGUGCCCGGAGUGGCACCUGGCGUUGGUGGCGUGCCCGGCUUGGUGCCAGGGGUGGGAGUACCUGGAACUGGCAUCCUUCCUGGGGCAGGCAUCCCCCAAGUAGGGGUGCAGCCUGGUGCUAAACCUCCCAAAUUCGGUGUUCCUGGGGUUGGAGUCCCAGGGGUUGGUGGCCUCCCAGGUGGCCUCGGUGUCGGUGGGCUCGGAGUCGGUGGCCUCGGAGCUGCUGGGAAACCUCCCAAGCCAGGGGUUGGAGGUCCCGGCUUCGGCGUAUCACCGAUCUUCCCAGGUGGGGUCGGCGGCCUGGGAUUUGGUGGGAAGCCCCCCAAGCCCUACGGAGGAGCCCUGGGUGCCCUGGGCUUUAGAGGCGGCGCGGGCUGCGCGGCAGGGAAGUACUGCGGGAGGAAGCGGAAGUAACGCUCCGCCACCCAUCACCUCAUGAACUUUGGUGCUACUGCAUGGUCCAGAAUGUAAAUCCGAAGCAAAGCUGAGACACCCCCUCCUCAAGCCCCCGGAGGGACCUCGCGUUCCCCGGCAGCGUCCGGCCCCCCCCGCCCCUCGGUCCCGGCAGGGAGCGCGGAAUAAACUGCGGGGAGCAGCCGUCCCCCUUGGUGCUAUCGCUCUCUGCGGGAUUUGGGGGGGCCUGGGCUGUCGCGCCCCUCCCCAGCCCCAGAGCUGACCCCCAGGGGGGACACAGGGUGAGGGGCACCCCACAUUGGA